AUGAAAAACGUGAUGAAAUUAAAAAAAAACUCGCCCAUACAGAAAAGGCCACGCCUAAACGUCGACGAUUGCCCUCUGGAAGAAUCUGAUUCAGAUCACGAAGAUACUAAACGAAUUCACCACGUCUCCCCCACGCCCACAACCACACGAACAUCAGUUCCAACCCCGUCUCCUCCCGAAACCGGCACGUCCCCUGAUCCUGAUCUGGACGUGGAAGAAGAGCAACAAACUGAGGCACCUGAAAAUUUGUCACUUAAAAAACCGGCAAGUCCCGAAACUAUACCCCAACAAGCCCCUUCGUACGUACCUUAUAAUCCCUUCCCGCAAUUUCCACCAUACAUGCCUCAGUUUCCAAUGCAAAGAUCGCCCGUGGAUAUUCUCCUGCGAGUAUUUCCAGGCCGACGGAGGGCAGAUGUCGAGGCAAUAUUACAACGAUGCAAAGGUGACGUCUUGCAAGCGAUGGAGAUGAUGGUAAGCGGUUACCAAGAAGAAGUCGCAGCUUCCUCUGCCUUUUCACCACUAGGCCCUCCCCCAAAUUUCCACCGGUACAGCCCAUCGAGAAGAUUUUUAUCAGCACCAUACGCGGGUACGGGUUAUCUACCAACCGUAAUUCGGCCACCGUCUGACUAUGGCCUCCCGAUCGUGGGUCAGGUACAUGAUAUUUAUAAUAGCGAAAAAACGGCCACCUCAUCCCCCAGUUCAAAUACGGGAUCAGACAAGACAUCCUACUCCGAAUAACCUUUAUGGGUGUACUGUGAUCCUUAAUUUGACUAAAACAAAAAGGGCACCGGGUUUAUUUCCCAAUUCAUUCUGGAUACAUUCGAAGCCUUCUAAAUUCUAAAGGAACGUGAGCUACUAGAGAGGUGCCUGAUCAAGAACAGAAGUAAAUUAAUUUUAAUUAAAAAGUCACUUCACAAUUUGAUGACAAAUGCUGCGAUCGUACGAUACAAUUCAUCUUACGAAAUUAAAAUAUCUAUGAAACAAUUAACAAAAAGCGUUUGAAAUUUCCAGACGAACAAUCGCAUCAAAAUUUAAUUAUAAAAUACAUAUGAAUCAACUUCGAUCCCUUGUAUUUCAUUUCAUGAAGUCCCCUAAAGCUCGUGAAUACAACAUGAAGCCAGUUAUUAGGCUUCUAUUGUUAGCCUGUAGCGACCAGAUCAUAUAAAUUAUAUUGUAAACAGUGGCGUGUGUUCAGAAUCAUUGUCUGUUAUAAAGUGCGGCUAUUUCCGCUUGUUAACUGAAAUACCCGUUGAAACGUCGAUAUUAAACUAUUACCAAUCACAUUUAGAUCUCUAAUUAACACAUUUAUUAUUCGUAUUUAUUCAAAGUGGGAGAAUUUAUAAUAUUUGUAUAUAACUGUACAUCUGAAUAAUACUAAGAGAUUUGUUAUUGCCAAAUUUAUACAUAUGAUGUAGGAGUAGUCGGGUAGAGUACCAUAUAAUUCUCAUUUUGUAUAGACUAUAGGCGUAAAUGUACAUAAUCUGUAUAAAUUUAAUAUUUAAUUAUAUUAUUACUACUACACCUUAAAAUUGUGUAAAAUUCGCCAGUAUA